AUGGUUCCACGUAUCCACUCUGAUCCUAUCCGAGACAUCAAGUCUGCGAACAUCAUGAUGGGCACCGGUGCUGAUGAAGACAUGGCCUUUUUGAUUGACUUUGGUCUAGCGGAGGGCAUGUCAAAAGAAGAAGUCAAAGGCGCAAAGACGACGAUCAAGCUCCAAAACCUGUGCAGUGGAGAGGCAGAGGGACUUUCGGCGUAUUUCGAUUACGUUGCCGCGACACUGGAGUUUACUGAGACAACCGACUACAAAAAAACUAUCGUCGACCUCGGAAAAAUUCCAAACAGUAUACCCGCAGCUAUCUAUACAUGGUGGAGCGUCAUUCUCCCGGAAAACAAUCGAAUAACUGCUUGA